UGUAUGCGUACGUCGUCCGGCCGUAUAUGCAUAUUCAUAAUCUCGCAAAAAGCGAGAGCUUCACUCGAGAUUAAUAACCAAGAUGGCAGCUUCCAAAUUGCACGAGUUUCUUGACAAAAUCAGAAUACCGGGAGCUGGAGAUAAAGUGUACAAGGAUGAGUGUGCAUAUUGUUUCGAUAAUCCGGAAAGUGAGACAGGCUUGUUUGUGUGUAUGAACACAUUUCUUGGGUUUGGAAAGGACUACGUUCGGAGGCACUAUGAACGCACCAAGAACCCUGUCUAUCUUCAUCUCAAGACAAUUAAAAAGAAAAAACCAAAAACAGAAGAAGAGAAAGAGAAGGAGAAGCCAACAAGACUUGCCAUAGGAAUGCAAGGAGGUUUCGAUGUAGAAGAUGAGAACCAGUAUGAGUAUGAAGAACACAACUCUGUAGUCAUCUUACCAGACUUCACUGAGAUUCCGCUUCCCAAUGCUGAACUGCCUGAAGAGGUCCAGCUUUCUAUUGCCAGUAUCCUGUCGGCUACCUCAGCUUCUAAAGCGGAACAAAUUCAAGCCUGGGAUGGAGAAGCAAAGAUUCUCUCUAGACAUGCAGCUAAUCUCAAACAACUGGACAACGGUGUCAAGGUACCGCCCAAGGGUUGGAAGUGCAGCAUGUGUGACCUGAAGGACAACCUGUGGAUGAACCUGACCGAUGGUACCAUACUCUGCGGGAGGCGAUACUUUGAUGGGACGGGAGGCAACAACCACGCUGUCGAACAAUACGACCAGACCAAAUAUCCCUUAGCUGUGAAACUAGGCACGAUAACUCCGAACGGAGCAGAUGUGUAUUCCUAUGUCGAGGAUGAGAUGGUCGAUGAUCCACUACUAGCAACUCAUCUAACUCACUUUGGCAUCAACAUGAUGAACAUGGAGAAGACUGACAAGACCAUGACGGAGCUAGAGAUAGACCUGAACAUGAGAGUUGCUGAAUGGGACACCAUCCAGGAGUCUGGUUCUCAACUCAAGCCUCUGUUUGGACCUGGUCUAACUGGACUUAAAAACAUGGGCAAUAGUUGUUACCUGAACUCGGUCAUGCAAGUUCUCUUUAGUAUUCCUGACUUUGUAAAUAGAUAUGCUUCCAAGAAGGACGAGAUCUUUACGAGUGCUCCUGCAGAUCCGAGGGGGGACUUCAAUGUACAAAUGGCCAAGCUUGGUUACGGGUUAGCUUCAGGACGAUACUCGCAGGAACCCAAGACGACAGACAGUGGAGACCAGUCCGAAGCAAAGAAGCAGAGUGGUGUUGCCCCCAGGAUGUUCAAGAGCCUUGUGGGUAAAGGUCACCAAGAGUUCUCUACCAACAGACAACAAGAUGCUCAAGAAUAUCUUCUUCAUCUCUUCAGCAUCAUUGAGAGGCACAGUAGAAAUCUAAACAAUCCAUGCGACUGUCUCCAGCUUGAGCUAGAGGAGAGGAUUCAAUGUUCACAAUCUAAUCAGGUUAAAUACAAGAAAAGAACUGACUACAUCCUAGCUGUACCAAUACCACUAGAGGCUGCCACAAACCUAAAUGCGUUUGUUGCUUAUCAAGCAAAGAAAGCAGAGUUGGAAGCCAAGAAAGAGAGGGUCGAUCCAAAGGAUAUCGUCCGUCCCCAUAUCUGCCUACAAGACUGCCUCGAGGCCUUCGCUGCACAGGAGAAAGUAGAGGACUUCUACAGUGCGGCUAUAAAUGCCAAGACAGUGGCACUCAGGUCAACCAGAAUAGCCUCAUUCCCAGACUUCCUCAUCAUCCAACUCAAGAAAUUCACGUUAGGGGAGGACUGGACGCCCAAGAAACUUGAUGUAUCAGUAGACAUGCCUGAUGAGCUUGACCUGAGCCGCUACCGAGGGAACGGUAUACAGCCAGGUGAGACCGAACUACCCGACGGAGAUGGACCACCAGAACCAGAACCUGUUAUUGAUGAGGGCAUGGUAAGUCUCCUGGCAGAGAUGGGUUUUGCCAAAGAGGGCUGUCGUAAAGCUGUCUACCAUACCAAGAACACAGGCACAGAUGCUGCUAUGAAUUGGAUUUUUGAACACUCAGCUGAUCCAGAUUUUGCAGAGCCAUUGCAGCUUGGUCAAGCAAAGAAGAAGCAAAAGACAGAGAUUGUAGCGAGCGAGGAAGGGAUCAUGAUGAUCAUGAGUAUGGGUUUCACCAGAGAGCAAUCUAUCAAGGCGCUUAGAGCAACGGACAAUAACCUAGAGAGGGCAGCAGACUGGAUAUUCAGUCAUCCAGAUGAGCUUCUUGACACACCAAUGGAAACUGAACAACCAAGUGGACCCACAUGUCGGGAUGGUAAUGGAAAAUACCAACUGUUUGCUUUUGUGAGUCACAUGGGGACAUCUACAGCAUGUGGUCACUAUGUGUGCCAUAUCAAGAAAGAAGGAAGAUGGGUGAUCUUCAAUGAUGACAAGGUUGCGCAAUCGGAGAAACCUCCCAAGGACCUAGGUUACAUCUACUUCUACAAGAGGCUGAACUGAAUCUUCCACAGCUGUGAGAUAUAGUGAUCAACAAAUAGCCUCAGGGUAGCAUCAGUGCCAUUUACGGGCAGACAAACAGAAACUAAUAUCAGAAAACACACUUUUAUUUGACGUAAUGAAUCACUUAGUCAUGAUGUGGUCUAUGCACCUAAAAAACAGCUGAAGCAAAAGAAAAAUCAUUUUGCUUGGAAAUGAACGGCAAGUGGGAAUAGGAUUUUGUAGCGCUUGUUUAAAGCGAUUUACUGCAUCAUUUUGGAACGAGACUUAAAGAUUAUAGGUCAUAGUUGCAGGCUUCUUAGCAAGAUUUGUUGAUGGUUCCAAUUGAGUCUCCUUUCAAAGAAAACUGACAAAUUAAGGUCGGAGAGCCACACAAGGGCGUCAUCUGACAAAGUCAAAUUCAAAUUGUUUAUUGAAAUGGAAUCCACAAUUUUGGAUUAUUUCAAUACCAAAGUUAAUAAAAAAUGAAUAUAUAACAUAUCGAAAUAUUUUACAAAGUAAACACUGAAAAGGCAUCAAUUACACACAGGCAAUAUACCAUUUCUAAAUGAAAAGCAAUUACAAAUGAAUCAUUGAAAAUAUACUAAAAAUCAAUAUAAUUACAAAAGGACAAUCAUAUACAUAGUUUGAGGUUGUCUAGUACUUACUAGUAAUUACAAAAGAUUAAUCAAAUGGUUCAAAUGAAUGGUCAAAUUUUAAAUCAUCGUUGAAACUAGCAAAUAAAUGAAAAAAGAAACAAAAUAGUAGCGUGAAAAUCCUGAAAUAUCAUUGAGGGUAAAAAAUGUUGACAUCCUGCCAAAUUCUUCUUACUUUUACAAAUAAAUGUGACAGAGAAUGGAGUUCCUUGAUCAGGGAUGCCAGUUUCAGGCUAUAGCCUGAUUUCAGUCAACAAUUUCCCAAAUUCCUGACAAAAUGCCCUCCUUACCCCAUUCUGCAAUUUCAUAUAAAUACCCUCGUUUUAUUCAUUUCCCAAUGGUAAUGUAGUUUGUGAUAGGGUUUACAAGGAAAUCUGUUGAUAACCAAGAUUGAAUAUUAGUCAUGAUUAUUACAACGAUCGUGACCUAGAUCAAUGGUCAAUGACAGGUCAUGUAGUCUGUUGGAUAAAGCGCUGCAGUGUGCAUCACAAAAUGCGGGGUUCGAAUUACUGCCACUGCACUAUUAAACAACCCGUUUGCAAGAAAUCUGUAGAGUUUUCUUGCAUUAAUUAAUUUGAAGAAAAUAUGCUCAGAAUUUCAGAAAUUUAGGAUAUUCCAUCUUGCUUUCAUCGUAAUAUUAGAGGAGAAUGAAAGUAAAUUGACUAGAUUGGACAGUAAAUACUCAAGAUUACCUUAUAUCAGACAUUGUACACACAUCUGCACUGUACCUCAACAGUACAACAAUUCACCUGACGGUGGCCUGUACUGCAACUAAAGAAGAAGAAGACAUUUAUCUGGGCAAUUCCACGAUUAAUGAGAAACAAAAAAAUCCAAAACGUUUCUCUUUUAUGCCUAAGACAGUUGAAAUUGGUAUUCCAUCUCUUGAUUGAUUAGGGAUCAAUUUUCUAUUUUACUUUGAAUUUGCUUCACUUAAAAUCAUUAGGCUACUUGACUUUAAGAUAUUAUGUGCCAUUAAACAGGCAUUUCACUGAAACUCAGUAAACGUGUAUGAGCAUAAACAGAAUAAGAUUGUUACAAGUGAUGUUCCUUUUAAUUUCAUUUGAACUGUCAACUUCCAUAUGCCACGUCGCAAAAAACUGUUUUUUUCAAAUAUUUGUAAUUCUUAAUAGUUUAACCUGCAUGUCUUUCCCCGUAGAGCCCUCUGUAAGCAUGUUAUGUGAAGAAUUCAAGUAUAUGUAAGUUGUAUUUAGUGUCUGCAACUUUUGCAAGAAGAUUUUCUUUGGGUAUUGUAGACAGCUAGACUAAUGUUUAAUGAGAUUAUUAUAUGUAUGUGAAAUACAUUGGAAACAUUGCUGCUUGAUGAAUUUUGUAUAUUUUUCAAUAAUUUUGAUGCAUUAAAUGCAGUACACAACAUGUGACCAUCA